UCCUCCUGCACCCCACAUGCUCACAAUGCCAUUGUGCCCUGGUCAAAGUGACUUGUUACACCCACACUGGUAGAGGAAUCACUAAGUAGGUGGGUGACACAGAAACCAGUUAUGGAGAGAAAUAAAAAAGAAGGAAGAAUGAGAAGAGUUGGAGAAAGAAGAGGAAGCGAAACAGAUACGGCUGAUGUUGGGCGAAAAGGAACUCGCCCUCGAAGCCAAAAACGCUGCACAGUUACAGAAUUAAAGCAAAUGCCAGACUCCAAAGCCCGUCACCCUCUUCAACAUCCUCCGUCAUCUCUACCCAAGGACCCAGGUCUCUUGUCUUACAGUCUUCCCUCACACUCAGACACCGUCUUCACUCGCCUUCUCAGACUUCACGAGGAAGAGCUACUCCUGGAUUGCAUUUUCCACCUCCAAGGCGAGUCCUUCCAAGCUCACAGACUUGUGCUGGCAGCAGCCAGUCAAACCCCUGAUGCAUAUUUUGCCUCAGAACAAAACACUGGACUUAGAGUGGAGAAUGCAGGCCAUUGUUUGACCCCGGUUGGGUUAAGGGUUGCUCUGGACUUUGCGUACCGUGGAGACGUAGCAGUGGACUUGAGUAAAGAGGCGGUAAUGGAGGCGGUGCUGAACGCCUGCAAGUGUCUUGAGAUGGAAAGGCUGAGGCAAAGAUGCACGUCAAAGGUCGCAAACUCUGCAGCCACAGAGAGAGAGAAGAGCUUGGCGGUCAUCAAAGACAUGUGGGAGAGAGGUAUUGGUUGUGACGUCAUAAUACAAGCAGAGAGUGGAGAAAGAUACUCAGCACACCGACUUAUGUUAGCAGCAGGUGGGGAAUAUUUCCGAGCACUUCUCUGCGGAGGGUUGCGUGAGUCCACUGAGGAUGUGGUGUGCCUGCGGGGAGUGGCAUCCCAUGUCAUUGAAUCCAUACUGAGCUUCAUCUACACGGGUCAGCUCAGGCUGGGCUGGAGCCAGAUCUGGGAGCUCACAGAUGCACUGCUUCAGUACCAGCUGCAGGAGGCGCUCUCACUGUGCAUGGACUUUCUGUGGGACAGGAUGGAUGAAAGCACCUGUCUAGACGUGCUGGUCCUGGCUGAGACCUAUGGGCUGGUCCAACUGGGACAGGCUGCAGAGGAGUACAUCCUAACCCACUUCCAAUGCAUCUCUGCAGGGGAGAAGUUCAAGGAUGUCCCCUGUUCCCUCCUGGGCAAAUUACUUGAGAAGGACUCGUUGUGUGUAGAGAGUGAGAUAGUCGUGUUUAGGGCAGUGGUGAGCUGGGUGGUGGACAGCCCUAAAGAGAGACUACCAGCUCUGCCAGGUCUGCUCCGCCUUGUUCGUUUCCCUCUCUUCACCUACUCCGAGCUCCAGGAGGCCCUCGGCUGCAGCCUCCUCUGCAGGAGCUCUGGGGCCAGAGGAUUGCUGGAGGUACUCCAGUCUCUUCUAAAGGGGGAUUACAGAGGGCCUGAAUGCCGACCUCGCACCCCAAACCAGGUCCUGGUUCUGGUCUGUGGCGACACUGUCGAUGAUGAAUUCAUGAAAAGGGUUCCCAGCCAAUCCUUGUGGUACGCUCAGCAGUUCCACCGCGGACACGGCCUGAUUAGAAGCAUUGAGUGGAGGCCAUUCGCCAAGCUCCCUGAACCUGCCCGGUUCAGACACUGCGUCUGCGUCCUCAACAACAAACUGUAUGUCCUGGGAGGACGCAAGUACUAUGGAGCGCUGGAUAUCCUCAAAUCCGCCCUGAGGUUUGACCUGUCUCGGUGUACGUGGGAAAGACUACCUGACAUGCUGAGUCAGAGGGACUACUUUUCUGCCGUGUGUCUGGAUGGUAAGGUCUUCGCUCUGGGUGGUAACUGCGAUGACAGUCGAUACCUGGAUGUUGUGGAGUACUACACUCCUGAGGAGAACACCUGGAGGCAGGCCCACCCUCUGGACACUGCUGUCUGCUGCCACGCUGCAGCUGUACUGGAUGGGCAGAUCUACAUCUCUGGAGGCUGUGACCACCAUCAGCGCUGCCUUCCCUCCAUGUGGCACUACCAUCCUUCCCGUGGCUGUUCCACUAGAGCGCCCAUGACUGUUGGAGCUGGGCGUGCGGGCCAUAUCAUGUUAGCCUUGGGGAAGGGGUUAGUGGUAGUCGGCGGGCUACAGCCUCUCUGGAUGGGCUUUGGAGACCAACUCCUUUGUGAGCUGUACGACCCCACACAUGAUUCCUGGUCCUCCAUCCCCGCUUUGCCUCGACCUCAUCUGUCACCAGGGGCAACUGUGCUUAAUGGACAGUUAUACGUGGUGGGAGGGUCUUCAGCGAGCACAGCAAGGGACACCAAGUGGGUGCAUCGAUAUGACCCCGUGGACAGGUGCUGGGAAAACCUGGGGGCUAUGCCACACCCUUACACAGAUCUAGCAGCUUGCUCCUUGCCACUUUCUGACGUGGUUAAUGUGAACUGAAUCUUUCAUUUAAGCACCAGGCCUAUAUGAUUCAUUUUUUAUGUUGAGGUAUGCAUUAUGUAAUAUGGCCUCACCACCCUGUAAACCACCAACGCUGAUUCAUGGAAAUGAUCAAACAAAAAGAUGAACAAACCUCUGGCCUCUUAUUCAAUCUGUAGCAACACUUCAAACAGUCACGGCUGCCCUUCAAAUGUUUCGUGGUACAAAACAUCCUGUUAUGUUCCACUGAAGUCCCCGAGCUGUGCCCCAACUUUGCCACGCUUGGCGAUAUGUCUCUUACCACAUGUUAAAUAUUACGUAGAUGAGUUUUCACGACAUCGUAAGUGGUUUGUCAAAUAACCAGAAACAGUUAACGUAAAACUAACAGUGCUUUCUUAGCAUAUUGUAAAAUACAGCAUCAUCUGCAUA